CGGCUGAGCGAUGACGAUGGAAUGUCCACUGAACAUCGCGAACGUCCGCUCGUUAGCUUGCCUCGCGGAACCGGGUAUCAACGGCCAUAUCCCCGCUCCCGUUCUUACCACACAUCUUACGACCCGAGCGCGCAAAGAGCUCUGUGAACUUGAACGGAAGCAUGCGCUCACACAACUCGAUUGCAAACAAUCUUUCCGGUAAAACCGUGUUGAUCACUGGGGCCUCUUCCGGAAUCGGUCGCAGUACUGCACUCGAGUUCGCUCGUUCAUCACCACAAGAUCUGAAGCUUAUUGUUACAGCGCGAAGGGUCGGCCGACUCCAUGAGCUCGCCACAGAGAUAAAGAAUGAAACUGGCGAUGGCGUGAAGGUUUUCGUGAUGGAACUUGAUGUCUCAAGACCGGAAGAGAUCGAGGCGAUGUUUGGAGAGCAAGGACUACCAGACGAGUUCCGCGACGUGGAUGUGCUGGUCAAUAAUGCAGGCUUCAUGUCAGGCGUCGAACAAGCACCCGACAUACCAACACACGUAAUUCAGGAUGUAUGGGCAACGAAUGUGCAAGGUGUAAUCAACAUGACGCAAGCAGUGAUGAAGAUAUUCAAGAGGCGACCAGACGGCGGCAAGGGCGAUGUUGUGAUGUUAGGAAGUAUUGCUGGGCGAGAGGCUUAUGUUGGUGGAUCGAUAUACUGCGCUAGUAAAGCAGCGAUUCGGGCCUUCACUGAUGCUUUGAGGAAAGAGUCGAUCAGCACACGUAUCCGAAUCAUAACAGUAGAUCCGGGGCAAGUCUUGACAGAGUUCAACGACAUCCGGCAUCGCUUUGACAAAGAGAAAGCAGAUAAGGUCUAUGCCGGUUGCGAUCCACUCACUCCAGAUGACGUUGCUGAACUCAUAGUAUUUGCAUCCAGUAGACGGGAGAAUGUCGUCGUUGCAGACAUGCUCGUGUUCCCGAAUCACCAGGCUUCGGCAAUACACGUCCAUAGAAGCCUAUAAGAGUGGGGCUCAGCUCUUCAGCUCUUUCGACGUGAGUAAGGCCCACUGCGAUGGAUUCGAGGGCGACUAUGACGAGCAUUGUAUGGAGGGCAACUGUUGUACUGAGUAUGGCAGGAUGUGAAGUCGUUACGGGCUGAAGAGCUUCGUUGGCUGCUUUUACUCCAACCUUGGAAGUAAAGACGACAAGAAUUCGUGCCUACUGCACGUUUUCGCAAGAGUUCGGGUCUGGAAGAACUGGCUAGUCCAGCUUCACAUGAUCGCGGCGAAGCAUAGGGCGAGAAUAAUUCUCAUUUGCACAGCAUCAGUGAAAGCUCAGCCCGGGCUGGACAGG